AUGGCGAGCUUCAUGGCUAACGUCGCCCCACCACAGCAGCUUGCUCAAGCCCAAAAAGCCGUUCAACCUUCCAUCGAUGCCGUUGUCGAGACCGCCUCCAACCUUGUCCCCACCACCCCCAAGCGGCCCGCCAGUUCCAAACAGCCAUCGUGGAUUGGAUCGAAGCCUGAACGAUCUCCAACUCCAAGUGCGCAAGCCACGAUGAAACGCCCGGUCACGAUCGACUUCUCCGCACCAGAACUCCAGCCACCCGUCUUCGUUGGCACCAGUCUUAGCGACCCCGAAUGGCAGCCAGUAGAGAUGGAUGCGGUCCGGGAUGACAAGGCUCAGUGGAAGUUUACCAAGACAUUUCAAGCGGAAGACGGAGAGUACCAAUACAAGCUGCGACUCGGUCCGGGAGACUGGUGGGUCUGCGACGACAGCAAGCCACAGGUAGACGACGCUGCGGGAAACAAGAACAACCAGGUCAUCGUCAAACCUGAGGCUCCGUCUGAGGCCGAACCGGCGACCGUGCCGAUCGCAGAAGCUGCGGCUCCGGCUUCAAAGCCAAGCAGUGUCCCCGAGAUCAAAGGGCCCGAGUCCGAGCCCGAGCGUAAGGACUCUCUACAUCCAGCGCCUCUCAUGAAGCAUGAGUCCUUCCAAGACGCUCAGCCGGGACCGCUAGUGCAGCACCCGCCAGAGAGCCAUUUACACGAUCCUGAACCCGCAAGUCCUCUGCUCAGACACGAAUUUUUGGCGCCACCGUCAAUGCCGAUUGAUGAUGACAGCGACGAUAUACCAGAUGAUGUACCGCUUCUGCGACAUGAGUCUAUUGCGCCGUCUUCCCAGGAACAGGACCACUCCCCUCUUUUCAAACACGAAAGCACCUCCAUGGACAACAGACAGCACCACAACCAUGAAAGUCACCGCCCACUAGCACACCUCGCCAACCGAAAGCAUAGCAACGACUCCAUACCGGAGGAAGCCGACGAAAACGACCCGUCUUUAAUCAAGUUUCCAACCGAUUCGAGGGGCAUCAUGGAGCAUCUAGACCACACUCGUAAGUCCUUGCAAGAAGAUGAGACAUCACAAGGUGCUGGGAAUAGCCCAAGAAGAGUCUCUCCGGCCGGGUCUGCGGUCUACAGCGCCUCGCCUUCGUUGCCCAACGUAAUCGAGGCAGAGGAUGGCGACGAGGAAUUGGCGGAACUGAGAGAGGAGGCCCAACAAGUCACAAGCAAAGAUGAAAUUCCACCUGAUGCUGAUGUACCUGAAGUGACGCUCCCUGAGCUUGUUGAACGUCCGGCGGCUUUGAUGACGCCUUCAAUGACUCCCAAGGAGCAGGAAGACGAGGGAGGAGAGGAUGACGAGCGAGGAGAGAAUGAAGAGGAUGCAGUGGACACGCCGAUGAACGCCAAACAGAAACAUGUGCAGUUCAAGGAGAAAGCGACGGAAGCAGCUGAAACCACGCAGGAGGCCGGCAUUGGUUUUCUGUGAGUUCAUCCAAGAGUUCUGCUUGACUCGGCAUAUGCUAACGAUGAAGACAGCGCUAUCGUUGUUGGUAUCGCAGUAUCGAUGCUGUCCGGUGUGUUGGCCUACUUCUACAUCAAACAUAAGAAUGAUGAUGUUGGAGCAUUAUGAGCGGGAUUCCAAGCGAUAGUAUGAUGGCAUGAGAUACGGUUUGACAUUGGACUGAGCCUACGCUACUUGCUUGGAACAUUUUGAAAAUAUAGAUAUGAGACCCUCAGACUUCUCUCCUCGCACGAUAUUUCCUUUUCCAGCUCCCUGCAAGCUUUCUCCACACUCUGCACGUGAAAGCGCCACAGCCCGUCGAUCCCUGUCGUUCCGUGAAAAUCGGCUUUACCGGAUCAGAUCUAGUAGGAGGUCCUUCAUGUUUGGGGCAAGAGGGACAUGUCAUCGUCGACCUCGACCUCGAGAUCAGAUCCAUUUCAUCUCUCUCGCAUCCACCCUCAACACGCUCACACCCGUGCAGUCCGUCCAACCCAGAUCCUUGCUCCAGCAAACGCCGACCGUUUCAAGCCUGCGUGACCCGGGUCCGACCACCACAAACUUGCCUUGCGCUUGACCGCCCGGAACGAAUUGUCCACUUGUGUUAUAUUAGUACCAUACGCUACAGCUUCUACGCAGUUACAUCGCCGUGUCGAAUACAACAACCAUCUGUUUACGACUUGUGGCAACGGCUGCGAGCGUCCUCGCUGCUCGACGUCCUCGAGAGACCGCCGACCAACCCUACAUCUCCCACGUUGUGAUCUGAAGGACACCUGUAUACAUCACCUCUGCACGAUUUCCGACCGAACAUUUCACGCAAGAUACUGAAUCGAUAUCCCACGCCCAUACCUAUACCAUACGGGACAGAAGCAAUCGUGGCGUAAGAGGAGACUCUGUCAGCGGCGCUCGCCGUACCCUCGAUCUGGGCGGAGAGGAGGAGGACCACCAGUGGGACGUACAACCUACAUACCAACACACUGCGCCGGUCGAGGUCGUCGCGUGCUGGACGGCCCCUUCGGAUGGUGUCGCUGAGCGAUGGACCCGCAAAGCCAGUCUUUCACUCCUCAUAGCUACAACUCCUCCAGUAGCGAGAACUGCCGCGUACAGAACGACGUCGCACGGAUCCAGCAGAUACAGGCCGAGCACGCCGAUCGCAUCGCGAGAUUGGAGCGCCGCCAAGAAGACGAUGCGCGCAUGAAGAGCGUCUGGGGCAAUCAGAGUCCGUUCCCAAGCGUUUUGAGUGGGACACCACAGCAAGGUCAAUACAUGCUCGCACCCUUAGUCUAUGCGGACCCAACAAGCUAAUGCUUUGUAGCACCUCUUCAACAUCCCCCCAACGACCAAUUCCGCAGCUUCGACGACGAGGCCUCGAACCUCAUGAGCAGUUUACACCUCGAUGCCGACGACGAGCCGCGCAGAGCUAUGGGCGCCACUUCAAGAGCUAACAGCGUCAGGUUUGACGAAUCCGCCAACCAGAACCAUUUCUCCCACCCGUCAAGGCCGUCAGUCGACUUCUUCUCCCGGACAAGCAGCGGCCUAGGUGGGCUGCAGAUGACAGAGCGCACCUCGUCUCACAAAUCAGAGGGCCGCGCAAGCUCCGCACAUUCCAUUCGCUCUGCUGCAUCCGGUCGUGCUAACAGCCUCAAUCUGGACACGGCGGCGUAUAGUCUGGGCGAGGCAAAUCGGUCGCCGGCGGAGACCCCCGGUCUUGCACCGGGUUUGUUGUAUCUUGGUGCCAUACCCGCCAUCAUCCGAUGCUGGAUGAACACGAACUUCAAGCAUGAUGCUCUGCUCUAUGCCGCCGUCUGUACGGGAUCUUACAAGUCAUUCCUUGAUUAUCGGCUAAUCGAGAAGCUUGGAUUUGAACAGCAGAUUCAAGACAAUGGGGAUGAUCCUAGGACAGUCCAGCUACCUGUCUUCUUUCCUGAAGCUGUCCCACAUCCAGCUUCGUCGAGGUCUAGUAGCCCUGCGCCGCAGCUGCCUUCAUUGCUGGUAGAGUUCCGUGUGAUCGAGAGCGCUGGACUCAGCGACGACAGCAAGGCGAUUCAGAUCUUCCUCGGGAGCGACGUGCUUCGACAGCACAAUGCCGACAUUCUUUUCUCAUCGAACACCAUGACGUUGUUUGAUCGGGAGCGCAACAAGCUGAGCAUACCGCUCUCGAGGCCAGAGAACGAGGCGGCCUUCAACUCGUUGUAUAUUACUAGUGCUGCAACGCCGGCGCCGUCUCGUCCUGAAAAGGCUGAGGAGCCAGUGAAGCACCAACCGUAUAUCAACGGGCUUGGCCAGGGCAGCUCCGGAGCUUCUGUUUCUUCUGCUGCAGCCAGUCCGCCUCCUGGAAAGUAUCGGCCGCCCGGUGCACUUGCUGCGGAAGUGGGCCAUGCGGAAGCCACGAGGCCUGGUGCAACCGGCUCUGACAAAGAGUCUAGACCGCCAAGUCGCCAAUCGACCGCUUCACGACCUUCGCUAAGCAUGAUCAACACUCGAUCAGAACGAGAAGAAACCCCUUUGACCGAGUCUGCACCGCAAUGGACACCGCUUCGUUCUGGAAGUGGUCCAGCGAUCUGGGGUAGCUGGAGGCGUGACGGCGGCUCUUCUGCGACUACGCAACCUCCCGGCAUGGACUGGGCGAGUGCAAGCAGGAAUGCUUCCGGCACUUACCAGCGCAAGGACACCGGCAUCAAAGUCCUCAAGCCCAAGACGAACAGUCGGACUUUCUCCGCGACCGCCGCUUCUUCUUCGAGUGCCACGGGUACCUCGAGUCCCGCUGGGGAAGGGAAGAGCAGAUUCUUCGACGAAGGCAGAAGAAGAAGCAUGUCCAAGGAGAACACGCCCGCUACAGCAUCAUCGACAUCGACUGGUGGUACCGCGCCGAAGACGAAGGUGAAUCCCAUAGGAGGAGCUUCUGCCUUUUCGUGGUUGAACUCGAGUGGUGGGAAGUAA